UGCCACUCUCCGUAAGGUCACUGGAGAACAAACUGACAAACAAGGCAAUGCAGAGUCUGCAAUCGAAGGCCUCCGAGUGGAGCGGAGUUGACUUGGCCGACGCGUUCGCCAUUGACAACACCAAUCUCUUCCAGAAAUUGGGCCUCCAGACCUUCAUAAACCUCUCCACCAAUUUCUAUAACAGGGUAUACGAUGACGAGGAAGAAUGGUUUCGUUCUAUUUUUGCAAACUCCAAAAAAGAAGACGCCAUUCAAAAUCAGUACGAGUUCUUUGCUCAGAGAAUGGGAGGGCCGUCUCUCUACUCUCAGAGAAGAGGCCAUCCUGCUCUAAUUGCACGUCACCGUCCAUUUCCCGUUACACAUCAAGCUGCAGAGAGGUGGUUACAUCACAUGCAACAAGCAUUGGACGGCACCCCAGAGAUUGAUGCAGACUCAAAAGUCAAAAUGACGAAUUUUUUCAGGCACACAGCAUUCUUUCUUGUGGCUGGAGAUGAAUUGAAGAAAAAUCAAAACCAACAAGUUCCAUGCAAGCAUGCAGCCAGCAGCAGCCACCAAACCUGUAAAAACCAAUAAGAAAAUUAUCUUCUUGUUGUGACUUGUGAGAAACAAAAUUGAUAUCAUUAUUUGCCAACCCAUCUUAAUUAAUCUCGUUAAUCUUACAAUGAUGUAAACGGAUACUGUCUUACAGGCCUUGAUCGAUAAUAGAUUUUGCAAAAUUUUUAAUUGCAUAACUCAAA